AUGGCGAUUCCCAACCCCAACGCGCCCCAUCAUGAGGACGAUGAUCCGCACCAGGAAAACGAGAUGCUCGACGCCGACGAGGCAGAUGAGGAGAUAUCAGACGAUGGCGACGUGCCCAUGGAUUCGGACGACGAGGGAGCCGGAGAUGAAGAAAUACAGAUGUCGAUCCAGUUGCAGAACGAUUCGGCGGCGCAUUUCGAUAAGCACACAGACAGCAUCUUUUGUAUAACGCAGCAUCCCGUACACUCAGACAUAGUGGCUACCGGCGGAGGUGACGAUGCGGGCUACGUAUUUGACACGAACUCGGCGCCAGCAGCAGCAGCAGCCAACGGGCAACCGCAAGAACGGGAAGGGCUACAAGAGCUGUUCAAAUUGGAUGGGCACACGGAUUCUAUCAAUGCAAUUGUGUUUUCGGAGCCGAAGGGGCAGUUCGUUGCUACUGCGGGUCUAGACGGAAAAUUGAGGGUCUGGCAGGGCGUGCCCGAUGGGACAAAAUGGAAGUUUCUAGCGGAGACACAGGAAGUCGAAGAGAUUAACUGGCUGAUCACAAAUCCUUCGUCGAAUCAUCCUAACGUCAUUGCAUUGGGUGCCAACGACGGAAGCGUCUGGGUGUAUCAAAUUUCCAUCGACAAGGGUAGCGAGUUGCAGGUUCUACAGGCAUACUAUCUGCACACCGAGACAUGCACGGCUGGUGCUUGGAGUCCUGACGGUAACCUACUGGCCACAAUCUCCGAAGAUUCAAGCCUGUACGUGUGGGAUGUUUUCGGCGAGGCGGCUGCACAAGGUCUCACAUCCUCAACAAAUUCGCAAGCUGUUGUUGGCUUGACAGGUGUGGACGAACGCUUCCGUGUGGAAGGCGGUCUGUACAGCGUCGCCAUUGCGCCCUCAGGGUCUUUCGUUACUGUCGGUGGCCCUGAAGGCCACGUCCGUGUUAUCGGUCUGCCUCGCCUCGCCGCUAUUUCAGAAGCAGGGGCAUCAUCUGGCGGUCAGGGCGCAUCAGCGAAGGCAGGCGGGUCGAAGCAGGCUGCAGCGAAGGGCGGAGCUAGCUCGGCUGGUCAAACCGGACAGAUUCUCGCUAGUCUACAGGCUGGUACUGACAACGUCGAGACGCUGUCAUUCUCAUUACCACCGCUCACGCUCAUGGCCGCUGGUAACGUCGACGGCAGCAUCACCUUGUUCGACACUGCACAUCGCUUUGCAAUCCGCCGACGCAUCGAAGAUGCGCAUUACGAUGAAGAGUCUCCGCAGGCAGUAGUUAAGGUGGAUUUUUUGAAAAAGGAAGGUGCUGGUGCAUGGCUACUGACAUCUGUGGGCUACGACGGCGUGUUAAGGCGGUGGGAUGCUAGGGGUGGCACUGCGGCUGCAGCAAAGGGGCUUGUCGGUGAAUGGAAAGGUCACAGAGGAGGCGGCGAGGGAGGCGGAAUCAUGGGAUUUGUUCAAGGCGGAGAUGGUAGUAAAGUGAUCACGGCAGGUGACGAUGGUGUCGCCUUGGUGUUCUCGACACCGUUGGCAUAA